CCCAACGGAUCAAAAUCCAAUCAAGUGAAACAGAAGUACAAAAAAACAAAAAAAAAAACAAAUCGAAAAUCGAACGUUGUGUAGGAAUCCCAAAUUCCCAAUACUAAGAAAAAUGUCUUGUACCGUUGCGAUCCCCAAUUCACCGGUCUUCUCUCCGGGUAGGGUUUCUUCUUCCCACUUCCGCAUAUCCUCUUCAGUCGUUUCGUCACCCGAAAAAGGUCUUACCUUGACCCUUUCCCCAUCUUCAUCCCCUGUGGCGGCGCUCUCUUCGUCUUCUCCGGCUGCCUCCCCUUUGAGACUCAGGCUUCAAAAGAUUCCUAGUGGGUUGAACAAGGUUCCGGCCGAUCUUCCAGUUUCGCCUCUUUCUUCGUCGACGGCAACAACUCUGCUGAAAAGGAAAAGGCCGGGGAAGCUUGAUAUUCCUCUAGCAUCGACGGCCUUUGGAAGUGGCUUCCCGGCGGCGGCGGCUACGCCGGUGGGUCCUCGGAUCGACGUGGUGGAAGUAGAGGGAGAUGGUUAUUCGGUUUACUGCAAGAGAGGUAGGAGAGAAAAUAUGGAAGAUCGGUACACGGCGGCGGUGGUCAACCAACAAGGAAAUUCAAAGCAGGGUUUCUUUGGUGUUUUUGAUGGGCACGGUGGUGCUUAUGCUGCUGAAUAUUCGGCUAAACAUUUAGAAAAGAACAUAUCAGAGGAAUCAUUUAGAACAGGAUCAAGAACUGAGGAAGAAGUGAAAGCAGGUAUCAGACAAGGCUAUUUGAAAACGGAUUCAGAGUUUCUAAAGGAAGGGUCCCGGGGCGGGUCUUGCUGUGUCACGGCUAUCAUCAGAAAUGGAAACCUGGCUGUGUCUAAUGCAGGCGAUUGUCGUGCUGUCUUAAGCCGGGGAGGGAUCGCGGAGGCCCUGACCUCUGAUCACCGUCCCUCCAGGGAUGAUGAGAAACAUAGAAUUCAGUCCUUGGGUGGAUUUGUGGAUUGCUGUAAUGGAAUUUGGAGGAUCAACGGUUCCUUAGCAGUGUCAAGGGGGAUUGGGGAUAGAUCGCUAAAGCAAUGGGUGACAGCGGAUCCAGAGACCAGAAUUCUGAAAAUUGAUCGGGACUGCGAGUUCUUGAUUCUUGCUUCGGAUGGCUUGUGGGAUAAGGUGAGUAAUCAGGAAGCAGUUGACAUAGCGCGUAAUCUGAAUUCUUCUGGUGCCAAACAUCCAUUAGCGGCCUGUAAGCAGCUGGCUGAGCUAUCGGUCUCUCGAGGAUGCCUGGAUGAUGUUAGCGUUUUGCUGAUUCAGUUGUUCCAUUUUUCUGCAUAGUUAACAAAAUAUUACUACAGUAACUAACUAACUCAUAGGUGGUAUGAGAAAUACAAGGAUACAUAGAUGAUCGAAUAACUCAGUAGAAAAAGAGUUGGAUAUGCUCUUUAUUUCAUUCAUUUUUUUGUAAUAAUAGAAAUAUGAUACCUCCAUUCUAUUCUAUGGACGUCUUUCAUUA